CGUGGGAGGGAGAAGCCGGGUGAGAGGCAGUUAGCGUGCGUGUGUGUGUGACUGGGAGGGAGAGGCGGUGAGGGACGGCACCUGUUGAACUCGGGCUCGGGCUCCGACGCCAGGCUGUAGCCGCAAUGUGGGACCCGGCCGAGUUUGAGGAGCACUGGCGUCGGGAGUUCCCGGGCAGCGAAGUGCCGCAGAUGGAACUGAACUCGGUAGCCGAACUGGAGGCCGAGUUGGAGCGGUGCCGAGAGCGGCUGCGGGUCGGCCAGGAGCGCUUGGCCCGGGAGAAGUUCAAAGUGAUUUACCUGGAGACAGCGCUGGGCCGUGAGCCCCAGAGUGGGUCGCUCCGGGCCCAGAGCAAGUCACAGAGGCGCCAAGACGAAUGUAGCGCCGGACUCGGGGGAGCGCAACGAAGUAACAACUCGGAGAAACUAAGUCUUGGCCCGGAGGAAGCCGAGAGUCCGGACGAAGAAACAAGUCCCAGCCAGGGACUUACCGAAGGACCAGACACACUGGACAGUCCGCAACAGGGAGCAGACACCCAUGACCAAAAAGUGGAGAGCCCGGAAAGACGACCAGACGCCUCGGGUCAUGAAUCAGACGCGGCAGAUGAGGACAAUGACGAGGGCGAGACGCAGCAGCGAGACCGGGAAUCGUUGUCACCCGGCCUCACACGGCCCCUGAUUUUUCCGAGGUACAGGAUGAUACCGAUGAAGCGAGUUAAGGACGAUUCACCGAGACUGCGGCGGCGGCAACUUCUGUCAGUAUCGCCCAGGUGGCACAGGGAGACUUCGCCGAGCGAAGGAAGCGACCGUGAAUACAGCUCGGACCGGGAUUCGACAGAUUUCAGCUUUGCGGAGGGUUUUGACGGUGAGUCUGGAGAGGAGACGCGGCCUGGGGACGAGGUAUCGGAUACGCUGCCCUUUAUCGAUGAAUCACCCACCGUAUCACCACAGCUGAGCACUGGGCCUGCGCUUCUCGCCACCCCACAGGGUCCUGCAGCCGGGGGUGUGUCGGGUCCGGAGAAGCGACUGGAGAUGAGAAGUUUGGUUCUGUCAGGCGUUCUUACCAGUGAGGAGCUCUACCUCAACCAGCUGGAGGCCCUACUACUGCCACUGAAGCCACUGAAGGCAGCAGCCACCACGUCACAGCCUGUCCUAACCCACCAGCAGAUCGACACCAUUUUCUAUAGGGUCACCGAGAUCCACCAGGUCCACCAACAAUUCACGGACGGACUGAGGGCUCACAUCCAGCAUUGGGAUGCCCACCCCACCGUGGGACAACUCUUCCACACUCUGGCCGAGAGUCUGGGUGUGUACAAGGAGUUUGUCGACAAUUACAAGUUGGCCAUCGAGAUGGUGGAGCAUUGCAGUUCAGCCAACAACAACUUCAGGAAGAUCUCUGAGGACAUCAAGGUCAAAAGCUGCAAAGAUCCGAAGGAAACCUCCACCUCUGUCACACUGGAAGCCCUUCUCUACAAGCCCAUUGACCGUGUCACCCGAAGUACAUUGGUGUUGCACGACCUGCUGAAACACACCCCAGUUGAUCACCCUGACUACCCGCUGCUGGAGGACGCUCUUCGCAUCUCCCACAAUCUCCUGUCCAGCAUCAACCAGGAAACCGCAGAACGACCCACACCUGUUGGACUGGCCAAGGGCGAGAGCCGGCAGCUCGUGAAGGACGGGUUCCUGGUCGAGGUAUCGGAGGGGGUGAGGAAGCUGAGACAUCUCUUCCUCUUCACUGACCUGCUGCUGUGUGCCAAGCUCAAGAAACCCACUGCUGUGAAGGUGCCACAGUAUGAGUGUAAAUGGUACGUGCCACUGUGGGAGCUGGUACUGGUGUCAGCCGAGGACCGCGAGACGGGACCCCAGCUCCCACCCAUCCCAGACCGCGAGCUCGACGAGGCCAAGGUGAAGAUCUCCCAUGCCAAGAAUGAGAUCCAGCGAGAGAAGAAACUGCCAAAGGCUCAGAAUCGAGCGGUGGAGCGUCUGAGAAGGAAGGUGUUUGAGUUAGAGUCUUGGCUGCUGAUGCACUCACCCAACAUCCCCUUCCGCAUCCACAACAAGAACGGCAAGAGCUUCCAGUUCCUGCUGUCAUCUGACUAUGAGCGCUGUGAGUGGAGAGAGGCUAUUGAGAAGCAGCAGAGGAAAGAUCCGCAGGGUUUUGUGCUGAGUUCUCUGGAGCUCCAGAUGCUGAUGGGUUCAUGCGUAAAGCUGAGAACUGUCCACAGCCUUCCUGUCACCAGCCACAAGGAAGAUGAUGAGCCCACCGGCCUGUACGGGUUUCUUCACGUCAUCGUUCGAUCUGCAAAAGGAUUCAAGAGCUCAGCCAGUCUGUAUUGCACUCUGGAAGUUGAUUCCUUUGGCUACUUUGUUAGUAAAGCAAAGACGAGGGUAUUCCGGGACACGACCGAGCCUCAAUGGAAUGAGGAGUUUGAGAUCGAGCUGGAGGGUUCACAGUGGCUCCGCGUUCUCUGUUACGAGAAAUCCCUCGACAAACUGAAGCUCAACAAGGGUGACAACGAAAUUGUCGACACCAUCAUGGGUAAAGGGCAGGUGCAGUUGGACGCCACGUUGGCCCAGAGUCGCAACUGGCAGCCAGCAACACUGGAGAUGAAUGGGGUGGAGGUGCUGCUGUCACUCAAGUUCAGCAGCCGGGAUCUGAGUCUCCGACGAACCCCGUCACGCCGGCAACAUGGAGUUUUCGGCGUCAAGAUAGGCAUCGUCACCAAGAGAGAACGUUCUAAGGUUCCAUACGUGGUGCGUCAGUGUGUGGAGGAGGUAGAGAAACGUGGCAUCGACGAGGUUGGAAUUUACCGCAUCUCUGGCGUGGCCACGGACAUCCAGUCCCUCCGGGCAGCCUUUGACACCAAUGCAAAAGAUGUGUUGGUGUUGCUGUCAGACCUGGACAUUAAUGCGAUCGCUGGGACCCUUAAACUCUACUUCAGGCAACUGCCUGAACCCCUGCUCACCGACCGCUUUUACCCCGCCUUCCUCGAGGGUAUUGCCCUGUCUGACCCUGCAGCGAGGGAGACUUGCAUGCUGCACCUGCUGCGCUCGCUGCCCGAGGCCAAUUCCUGCACCUUCCUCUUCUUGCUGGACCACCUCAGACGGGUGGCGGAAAAGGAGCCAGUGAACCGGAUGUCGGUGCACAACUUGGCGAUGGUGUUUGGACCCACUUUACUGCGGCCAUCCGAGAACAGCGCCCCCAGCAACAACCAGUCCUGGUCUCAAGAGGUCAUGGCACAGGUCCAGGUGCUGCUCUAUUACCUGCAGCAUCACCCCAUCUCUAGCAGCGACCUGCAGCGUGAUUCCAUCUACUGCUCGCCCGACAUGUAGAUCUGGCACGCACACUCAAGGCCCGUCACAGACAGAUGUUCGUCUGCUCAACACAGGGCAAACAAACCCCAUCACCCUCUUCCGCCAGAGAAGUCAGAGAGCUGAGUGUCUGACCCCGAUACCUAGCCCCUCCCUACUCAUUUCAUCCUCCCUUAUUCGCUCCCUAUCCUUCCUUAUUGUGUGAGAGGAACCCCC